CCCGAGCGCCCUGUUAUAAGCACCCAGGGCCUCAGUGUGAUUCACAAACCAACUCACAUAUCUUAUCUUCGUACCCCUAACCUAUCAGCAAACAUGUCCGGACGUGGCAAGGGCGGCAAGGGCCUGGGCAAGGGCGGUGCCAAGCGCCAUCGCAAGGUGCUUCGCGACAACAUCCAGGGCAUCACCAAGCCCGCUAUCCGCCGUCUGGCUCGUCGUGGCGGUGUGAAGCGUAUCAGCGGCCUGAUCUACGAGGAGACCCGCACGGUGCUCAAGACCUUCCUGGAGAACGUCAUCCGCGACUCGGUCACAUACACCGAGCACGCUCGCCGCAAGACCGUGACCGCCAUGGACGUGGUCUACGCGCUCAAGCGCCAGGGCCGCACCCUGUACGGCUUCGGUGGCUAAGCGGCUCCUAUACCCUGCGCG